AUGGCAAACCAGCAUGUUGAUACAGAGUCACAAGAAUGGAGGCUUCCUUGGUGGUUGAAAUUUUUGGAUAAGACGAAUACGACCGUAACUGCUCUAACAGCCGGUUUCAUAUUAUAUACCCAAUCGUCUGGAGUAGCCUAUUUUGCUUCGGGUGCAGCAGCUUGUAUGAUAGCGGUGAAGAUUGUCAAGAAAAUGAUUCGCCAAGAAAGACCUGUAAUGCAGAGGCCGGGGAAGAAACGGAAAAAGACUUAUGGAAUGCCGAGUACCCACUCCACUACUAUCACAUAUUAUGCGACAUACAUCCUCCUUGCCAGUCUCUAUCUUCCGAUUCACCAUACCCUUCCUCAACACUGGACAACACGAAUUGUCCCGCCGCUAAUCGUUUUGCCUUGGGCUGGUUUAAUCGCUUUGUCUAGAAUAUGGCUCGGACACCACACCUUGGCUCAAGUAUCAGUCGGCUGCUCGUUUGGCUUUGCAUUUGCUUGGUUGUGGUUUUAUUUGUGGACAGAAGCUCUGAACAAAUACGGAAUAGAAGCAGAACAGCUAUGGCAAGCAUAUUAUUUAGCCCAUUGGAAGAUCAUCACGCCACACGCAGUGUCACAUCACGCAUCACUGUACUCAAUAAUGGACCACGAUGACCCAAUUUUCACCUUCUUUCCUGCCGAAGAAUCUGUCGACUUAUACGCUGUACUUUCCGUCUCCAAAGACUCCAAACUCGAUGAAAUCAAAAAGUCAUAUCGCCGUCUCGCUCUGAAAUACCACCCUGAUAAACACGCAACUGCCAGCGAAUUCGCGAAAAGUGAAGCUUCACUCAAGUUUCAACAAGUUGGAUUCGCAUAUGCUGUGCUGAGUGAUGAGAAGCGCAGGAGACGGUGGGACCUCAUGGGGAAGACGGAUGAGGGCUUUGAUCUCGCUCCAGGAGAGGAUGGUUGGGAGGCUUAUUUUGAGCAAAUGUUUGAUCGCGUCACGAGAGGUAAAUUAGACGAGAUGAAGAAGGAAUAUCAGUGCUCCUCCGAAGAAGUCGCAGAUCUCAAAGCUGCCUAUACCGAAACCGAGGGGUCUAUAGGCGACAUUAUGACUUUCAUUCCGCACUCUGCUCACGAGGAUGAAGCCCGGUUUAUCAUCAUAUUAUCCAACCUCAUAUCCAAGGGCGAGCUGACUUCUCUUCCGAAGUGGGAGUCCAGCAUCAAGGACGAGAAGGCGAAACUAGUACGACAGAAACAGAGUGAAAAGGAAGCGAAAGAGGCAGAAAAGCUAGCGAAGGAGCUUGGCGUUUGGGACGAAUUCUAUGGAAGUGGUAAAACGGGGAAACGGAAGGGUAAAGGUAAAGGUAAAGGGAAGGAUGAUCAGGAAGACGAGGGGGAGGAAGAUGUGUCUGCACUCCAAGCUCUCAUACUGAAGAAGAAGCAGAAGAACACCGAUAGCUUCUUUGAUAGUCUAGCAGCUAAAUACGCGGAACCCGCUGUGAAGACAAAGGGCAAGGGGAAAAAGAGAGCGAAACCUGUAGACGACGAGGAACUGGAGGAAUCUCCGAAAAAACGUUCAAAGAAAGCUGCGCCACCGCCUCCGGAUAUCGAUGAUGCCGAAUUUGAAAAGUUGCAACAGAAGCUCUUUGGCGACAAGGCGAAGGAUUCCUCACAGUCAGGAGGGAAGAAGGGGAAAGGAAGAAAGGCCAAGUAG